CCGUUCCGAUCGCCCAAAUCAUAACCAAUCUCCGACUAAUUCCCAAGCACUCUCGUUCCGAUCCCCCGAGCUCUGUUCCAAUAUGGUUUCCGCCGACUUCGCCCGCAAUGUCGUCGGCAUCAUCGGCAAUAUCAUCUCCUUCGGGCUCUUUCUCUCCCCUCUGCCGACGUUUUGGCGGAUCAUCAAGGCAAAGGAUGUGGAGGAGUUCAAGGUGGAUCCGUACGUGGCGACGCUGCUCAACUGCAUGCUGUGGGUGUUCUAUGGCAUCCCCAUCGUGCACCCCAACAGCAUCCUCGUCGUCACCAUCAACGGGAUCGGGCUCGUCAUCGAGGGCACCUACCUCGUCAUCUACUUCAUGUACUCCUCCAACAAGAAGCGCUUGAGGCUGAUGGCCAUGCUCGGCGUUGAGGCGGUGUUCAUGGCGGCCGUCAUUUGUGGCGUGCUCCUGGGUGCCCACACCCACGAGAAGCGCUCCAUGAUCGUCGGCAUCCUCUGCGUCAUCUUCGGUGCCAUUAUGUACGCCUCCCCGCUCACCGUCAUGGGAAAAGUGAUCAAGACCAAGAGCGUGGAGUACAUGCCCUUACCCCUGUCGGUGGUUAAUUUCCUCAACGGGUGCUGCUGGACGGCCUAUGCGCUCAUCAAGUUCGACCUCUACGUCACGAUACCCAAUGGCCUCGGUGCUAUCUUCGGCCUGGUCCAGUUGAUCCUGUACGGGUGCUACUACAAGUCCACCCCCAAGAAGGAGAAGAACGUCGAGCUGCCCACCGUCGUCAACAACAACACCGUCGCCGGCGGCAACGUCUCCGUUACCGUCGAGAGAUAAAUCGGCCGGCGAUCGAGAUUUCAGCCCUGAAGAUUUUUGAGUAGAGUCUUUUUUACAUAUAGUUUCCUGAAGGUCGUCUCCGUAGUAGUGGUAGUGCAAAUUAAGAACUGGUACUAGUCCAUAUAUGCAGUUGAGUUAUCCCAGAUAAGGACACCAUGUCACGUUGAUACUCUGUCCAUUCUUGGCGUACGUGGUGAGAUAUGAUGAUGCAUGGCUCUGUUAAUUAUACACCGUCUUCAAUUUGUCUGUUUCGGUGGGCA